AUGGCUGCUACAGCUCCUCCAACUUCAACUGGUUCAGCCAAGAUAGACGGCGCGAUCCAGAGAGCCUCUGCAAAUCAGCCUCAGAAGUUGAGCGGUGCUGCGCUUUAUUCCAGAUUCGCUUUUGCGGGCGCUGUCUGCUGCGCUGUCACUCAUGGAGGUCUCACACCCGUCGAUGUCGUGAAGACACGAAUUCAGCUCGAUCCCGCAACCUAUAACACCGGCAUGAUCGGCACAUUCCGAAAGGUGAUCGCAACCGAAGGAGCCGGCGCUCUACUCACCGGCAUUGGCCCUACUUUCGCCGGCUACUUCCUCCAAGGCGCCUUCAAAUUCGGUGGCUACGAAUUCUUCAAGCAGCAAUGUAUAAACCAGCUUGGCUACGAGGCAGCCUCGAACAACCGAACAGCCGUAUACCUCGCCUCCGCCGCCGCCGCCGAAUUCUUCGCCGACAUCGCCCUGUGCCCCCUCGAAGCCACCCGUAUCCGUCUCGUCUCACAACCCACCUUUGCUUCGGGCCUCGUCAGCGGCUUCGGCAAGAUUGCCAAGCAAGAAGGUUUCGGCGCCUUCUACUCCGGCUUCGGACCCAUUCUGUUCAAGCAAGUCCCGUACACGAUGGCCAAGUUCGUCGUCUACGAGAAGGUAGCAGAGUUGAUGUGGCAGCAAAUAGACAAGAACAAGGCUUCUGAUGGCACCAAGACCGCUGUCAACUUGGGCUCGGGUCUGAUCGCCGGUUUCGCUGCCGCCAUCGUGUCUCAGCCAGCAGAUACCAUGCUCAGCAAGAUCAACAAGACCAAAGGCUUGCCUGGUGAAGGUACGACGAGCCGUCUGAUCAAGAUUGCCAAGGAGUUAGGCCUCAGGGGAAGCUUCGGCGGUAUUGGAGCACGUCUUUUCAUGGUUGGCACGCUAACGGCCGGUCAAUUCGCAAUCUAUGGCGACAUCAAACGAGUCCUGGGAGCCACAGGGGGUGUUGAAAUCGCUAAAUGA